AAGGCGGAAUCGCUUCGCGGUUAAUUAUCACUAUUAUCACAUAAAAUUGUUUAGAACGAUACUGAUAUUUCAACAUAAGCAUAGUAUUCUAAUUUAAUAUUAUGAAACAUGGCAGAUAUGUUUAAUGCGAAUUUGGAGAAAAUCUUUGAAAGUUUAAAUAGUACAAUUCGCUUAACCUCGGAAUUUGGAGAUGAAGAGCAACAGAAUAUCAAACCAUAUGCAGAGUUAGCAGAAAAGUUAGUUGGAAUAGAAGUAAAAUUUAAUAACCAUAACAAAGCAUUACACCAAUGUAUGCAAGAAACAACAUUGCAAGAAUUUGAUCGGCGGUACCAGUCGAACAUAUCUACAACCAAGAGCAAUGUAAAAACACUUAAACGCUACAAGGAUUUUGUUACUCAAGCGAAAAUGUUGCUGACCGGAGACGUUAACGAGUCUAACAUUACAGAUGAUGACUUACAUGUAGAAGACACUAUAUGCGACAUUGAUCCAAUAUCCAAGCUUCCGCUCGAGAUACCAGUUCGGAAUAAAAAAUGCAAUCACAUAUACGAGAAAUCUUCGAUAGAGAUGCUGAUUAGAAACAAUCCACGCACUAGGUGCCCGGUUAUGGGAUGUGCGGCUAACCAGUACGUAACCUUGGCCGAUUUGGAGGAAGAUAAAAUGCUACAACACAAGCUAAUGCUCAAUCGUCGGAAAAGCUCAAAUUAAAUAGGGAGGAGUACCAAUGUACCGAUCUAAAAGCGAUUUGUUUUUCCUGGUUAUUUUUGCUGUUGAUCUCUUUUGACAUUAAACAUUACAGACAAGUGCUCUUGAAUAAAUUUUGGUUAAACGCUCA